AGAGGUGAAACCAAGAUGGCGGCCACAUAGUGACUGAGGCUGAGACAGAAGGGCAGGGGACGGCCACCGCUUCAGCCAUCCUCCCCACCCGCGGAGGGGAUUCGCUUCUUUGCCGGGUGUACGGAAGGGCUCUGGCGGCGUGAAAGAGACGAGGGAGCUUGGCGGGAGUGCCGGCAGCAUCCGGAAGAGCGAGCGCAGGAAGAACAUGGCGGCGGCAUCGCGUUGAGAGUGCAGUCAUCGCUGCUCGUGAGGAUCACGCCACAGGAGACGGGCGGCCACGCCGCGUGCCAUUCAGCCCCACGCGGGCACCUUCCUCUUCCCGCCUCACCCCCCACCCCCACCCCCGUCCCAGCAAGCGCGGCGGCCCCCUUUUAGGUCGUGGCCUUCCCUGGGAAGAAGGGGCGGUUCCGUUUCGGUCCCUUCGCUUGGCUAACGGAGCGCGAGGAAAGGGGCUUCGGGCCUAGCAGCGCCUUUGCACAAUAGGCCUGGUCGAGGGGGAGAUUUGACCCCCUUUCCCCCUGCCUCCCCGUUCCCCUCCGCUGGCCUCUUCUCCCCCUUCUCCUGAGGAUGUCCCGGCGGUAUCCACGGAUUUUCCUCCCUGUCCCCGUGGCGUUUUUACCUCUUCUUUUGAAGGCUUUUUGCAGGGCCGGCUAAUCCUUCCCACUUUUCCUGUCACGGGCCUGUUUUCCACUUGCUGCUUUUCGGUUCACCUCAUCUGCCCCCUAAGCAGCGUUAGUCGUCUGCACUGGUGAAUUAUUUGUGGGUUUUUUUCUGCUUUGAAUCGUCUAGAUUCCUCUCUGAACUGACCGGUUUCCAUUUUCAUCGUCCUCUUUUCAUUUUCUCCUGGUGUCUCUUCUAGUCCUUCUCUUCGAAAUCUUUUGCGUUUUUAUUUCCUGUUUUUCCCCUUUCCUACAAAGCUACCAUUUUGACAGAAAAAAAGUUCUGUGCUCCCCUGGUAGCGUUGCCUCCUGUUUUAAGUUUCCCCCCUUUUGGGGUGAUGAGGCAGUUAUUUUAACGGUAACGAUAAAAAGAUCUGUUUGGGGUAUUGUGUGGGACUCUUGCUCCCUUUUCUGCUCCCCUUCAUUGUGGGGGGCAAAGCCCCCCUCCCAUCAGAGCUUUUCUUGAUAGACUAUCACAGACCCUUGUGGUUUGGAAAAGGCAGAAUGACCGAUACUCGGAGGAGAGUGAAGGUUUAUACAUUAAAUGAAGACAGACAAUGGGAUGAUCGGGGCACUGGACAUGUGUCCUCUGGCUAUGUGGAAAGGCUGAAGGGCAUGUCCCUGCUUGUCAGGGCAGAAAGUGAUGGUUCUCUACUUUUGGAGUCCAAAAUCAACCCUAAUACUGCCUAUCAGAAGCAACAGGACACGCUGAUUGUGUGGUCUGAAGCGGAGAACUAUGACCUGGCUCUUAGCUUUCAAGAAAAGGCUGGUUGUGAUGAAAUAUGGGAAAAAAUAUGUCAGGUUCAGGGAAAAGACCCUUCAGUGGACAUUACUCAGGAUCUUGUGGAUGAAUCUGAAGAGGAACGUUUUGAUGAUAUGUCAUCUCCAGGUCUAGAGUUACCAUCCUGUGAAUUAAAUCGAUUAGAAGAGAUUGCAGAACUUGUGGCAUCUUCACUGCCUUCCCCAUUGCGGCGUGAAAAACUUGCUUUAGCACUUGAAAAUGAGGGCUACAUAAAAAAACUCUUAGAAAUUUUUCACGUGUGUGAGGACUUGGAAAAUACUGAAGGACUACAUCAUUUGUAUGAAAUUAUUAAGGGAAUCUUCCUCUUGAAUAGAACUGCACUUUUUGAAGUCAUGUUUUCUGAAGAAUGUAUAAUGGAUGUAAUUGGAUGUCUAGAAUAUGAUCCUUCUUUAUCACAGUCACGGAAACACAGGGAAUUUCUGACAAAAACUGCAAAAUUUAAAGAAGUUAUUCCAAUAUCUGAUCCGGAGCUGAAACAAAAAAUACACCAGACAUACAGAGUACAGUAUAUUCAAGAUAUGGUUCUACCUACUCCUUCAGUAUUUGAGGAAAACAUGUUGUCUACUCUUCAUUCAUUCAUAUUUUUUAAUAAAGUAGAAAUAGUUGGUAUGUUACAGGAAGAUGAAAAAUUCUUGACAGACCUAUUUGCACAACUUACAGAUGAAGCUACAGAUGAAGAGAAAAGACAGGAAUUGGUAAAUUUCCUUAAAGAAUUUUGUGCAUUUUCUCAAACAUUACAACCUCAAAACCGGGAUGCUUUUUUCAAAACAUUGUCAAAUAUGGGCAUACUUCCAGCACUAGAAGUUAUACUAGGCAUGGAUGAUGCCCAAGUACGUAGUGCGGCUACUGAUAUAUUCUCAUAUUUAGUUGAAUAUAACCCAUCAAUGGUACGAGAAUUUGUCAUGCAAGAAGCUCAGCAGAAUGAUGAUGAUAUCUUGCUCAUUAACCUCAUCAUAGAACACAUGAUUUGUGAUACAGAUCCAGAACUUGGAGGAGCAGUCCAGUUGAUGGGCCUAUUGCGUACUUUGGUGGAUCCAGAAAACAUGCUAGCUACUGCAAAUAAAACAGAAAAGACAGAAUUCUUGGGAUUCUUUUAUAAACACUGUAUGCAUGUUCUCACUGCACCAUUAUUGGCCAAUACUACAGAGGAAAAGCCUAGCAAAGAUGACUUUCAGACUGCCCAGUUAUUGGCCUUGAUAUUAGAGUUAUUAACUUUCUGUGUAGAGCAUCAUACAUACCAUAUAAAGAACUACAUAAUUAACAAGGAUAUUCUUCGAAGAGUACUAGUUCUAAUGGCCUCAAAGCAUGCAUUCUUGGCACUAUGUGCCCUGCGUUUUAAAAGAAAAAUAAUUGGAUUGAAGGAUGAAUUUUACAAUCGCUAUAUAAUGAAAAGUUUUUUGUUUGAACCAGUGGUCAAAGCAUUUCUCAACAAUGGAUCCCGCUAUAAUCUAAUGAACUCUGCUAUAAUUGAAAUGUUUGAGUUUAUUAGAGUGGAAGACAUAAAAUCCUUAACAGCUCAUGUAAUUGAGAAUUAUUGGAAGGCACUAGAAGAUGUAGAUUAUGUACAGACUUUGAAAGGUUUGAAAUUACGUUACGAACAACAAAGAGAAAGACAAGAUAAUCCCAAACUUGACAGCAUGCGAUCCAUCUUAAGAAACCAUAGAUACAGAAGGGAUGCAAGGACCUUGGAAGAUGAAGAAGAAAUGUGGUUUAACACUGAUGAAGAUGAUAUGGAAGAUGGAGAAGUAGUUGUGCCACCCGCGGAUAAAACUAAAAACGAUGAAGAUAUGGAUCCUAUAAGUAAAUUUAUGGAAAGAAAAAAAUUUAAAGAAAGUGAAGAAAAGGAGGUCCUUCUGAAAACUAACAUUUCUGGUCGCCAGAGUCCAAGUUUUAAACUUUCCUUCUCAAGUGGUACGAAGACUAACCUCACCAGCCAGUCAUCAGCAAGUAAUUUGCCUGGGUCUCCUGGAUCACCAGGAUCUCCUGGAUCACCAGGAUCUCCUGGAUCAGUUUCUAAAAGCACAUCUCAGAUGGCAGCUAUAACUACAAAGAGAGGACUAGUUGGGCUAGUAGACUAUCCUGAUGACGAUGAGGAAGAGGAUGAAGAAACUCUCCCUUUGACACAGAAAACAAAGUUAGAGUCUUCAUAAUGACAAGUAUGAAGACCAGUAUGGAUUAUGAUAUAAACUAUGUUUCCGGGUUUCCAGAGUGGGAAGUCCAUAUUAUAAAAAUAAUAAACUCUAAUGAAUUACUGUGUAUAACACAGAUCAACUUUAAAACAGAUUUCUGCUAAUCAGUGCCAAUUUGGCGGAGCAGAAGAGGAAAGACUAUGCUUUAUGGAAAAAACAUGCCUUUGACCUCUCCAGCUUGGACCACACAUUUGCCCUUUUCUCAGGGAAGGAAAUGGAAAAUACAACACCAACAGGGCAGGAGUUUUGAUGGUGGAAUUCUGGAUUGGCUGUUCAGUUGUUACAAUCAGAUUAUGAUUUAUUGGACCAUGUACGAGAUUUUGAAGAAAAGGCUUUUCUGCCAUUCUUCAUUAGCUAAGAAUGCCAGCAGCUUCUUUAUAUAAAGAGACCUGCCUUUAAAACCACACAUUCUGAACAUUUUAGUCAAACUUCAGCAGAUUUAAAAAAAAAACUUUUUGGGGAGGGCUCAACAUGUUUCCUCUUUUUUUAAUCUGUUCCCUUUUGCCCUUUAAACUGCAGAUUUUUGUUUGGAGAUGAGGGAUAUAUCUGUCCCUUAAUUAAAAGAUUGAAUGGAAUUCUAGAUGUCACUUUUAUGUCAUAAUUUUAUUUUUAUUUUGCCCCGAGUGUAUGCUUGGUUGUUGAGUAUAUAUUUGGGACCAUUAAAAUUUUUUGAUGUAAUAUAAUCUCACUGUUGUGCUGGUACCUCUUUCAUAUGUGUAAUUCUGUUCUACAUCACAUUUCCUAAUGUGUUUAGAAUUUUAUGGGAGAUGGUAUAGUUUUUAUUGAAAAAGAGCAAAUUAAUCUUGCCACUAUGUGCAUAUAAAAGCAAUACUAUUUUGUGACUAAAUAUUUUAUAUUAAACUUUACAUCAUCAACUGUCUUGAAACAAUUCAGGGAAAUAGGUUGAUUUUUUUUACCAGAAAAAUACUUUUUAAGUAAUCUAUAAAUAUGAAAUUAGUAUUCCAAAGAGAUUUUGAAAUUUCUUAACUCGGAACAUACUGGUAUGUUUAAAUUCAAUUUAAAAUGGUUAUCGAGUACAGUC